AUGCAGUCAGCCACUUCCGCGUUGCAGAGCCAGUUCAAACUCGUCAUUUCUCAGGUGCAGCAACAGAACCAGCGCAUUGACGGCAUCGACACCUGCAUGCGCGACCUGGACAGCCACACGCACAUUACCGAGCAGGAGCAGCAGCAGCUCAAGGCGGACAUCGAGCGCACCCAGUCGCCCCUCGCCAUGGCCAUGGCCACCCUCCCACCGCUUGACAUGGCGGCGCUCGCCGCGCGGGACAGGCCGCCCGACCCCCACCUCUACAGCAUCGGGGCGCCGCCCGCAGUCCAACCUGCCGAGGUCCGUCGCUCUCUCAAGCCAUGGCUCUCAGCGGAAGGCGCCUCUAUCAGCGACGUCGAAUUCAUCGGCGAUGUGCCCGCCAGGAGGUUCUUCCUCCGCGUGCUCGGGCAUCAUUUCUUCGACUCGAUCUCGCUCGCGGCUCUCGAGAUCGGUUCCAGCGCAGCCGGCAGUGCGCGACUUCGAUGGGGCGGACAAGUCGCCCAGCGGCUGCGAGUGGACAAUGCCGCAGUCGCCGCGGAGUUCCAACGCCUCUUUCGUGUCACCGACACCACUGCG